UGAAAUGUGUAGCGAGCCAAAGCCUAUUACCGUAAUACAGGCGAGGUUGCGCGCGCGAGCUUGUCCGUUUUGUGAAGGUUCCCCCGCCUGAGCUGAGGGUGGGCUCGGCGUGGUAGGAGAUGGUGGUCACCGCUUACCAAAAGCUUCGCCUUUUCGACAGCUGCGCUUCGUGGCGCCCUGUGGAGUAACGAUGGAAGGCAGGGGCCAGUAUGCGGGACCUUGGACCCGGUUGCUGGGUAGAAGAAGGGUUUCUUUCCUUCUUAUUUUUUCUCUUGAAGGUUUAUAACAGCUCUGGUUCCUGUCUUUUCUUUCGACUAGAGAUUUUAUUGGGUAUUUUAAUCCAUUUCCACGUCUGUUUCUUAUUCCUGUUGUCUGGGUUGGAUAUUCACGAUGUCGGCAAGAGUGUCAGUCGACGUUGAGAAAGACGCUGGAGGCGACUAUGCCCAUCUUACAAACACGGCCAUUCGCAGCUUUGGCUGGGAGAACGUCACGGUUACCGUGAAAGAUCGAAGUACGAAGCAGCCAAAGGACAUUCUUUCCGGUGUCAAUGGCAUUGUCAAAGCUGGUGAAAUGCUAGCUCUGAUGGGACCUAGUGGUUCCGGAAAGACAACAUUGCUGAACGUCCUAGCGCAUCGUGAAGCAACCCCCCACGCCACUGUCCAGCAAUCCUUAUACAUCAAUGGCACCAAAACUUCGCUCAAGGACUUCCGCAAAAUCAGCUCCUACGUCGAGCAAGAAGACGCUCUUGUCGGCUCCUUGACCGUUCGCGAAACCCUCUACUUUGCUGCGAAGCUCUCUCUGCCAAGCUCCGUGACCAAAACUGAAAGAAUUGCCAGAAUCGACGCCCUCCUUGCCGCUUUUGGAUUACAAGGACAGGCCGACUCGUUAAUUGGGACGCCGAUUCGAAAGGGUGUUAGUGGAGGACAGAAGAGGAGGGUUAGUGUGGCGGGCCAGUUGAUCACGAGCCCAAAGAUUCUGUUUCUGGAUGAGCCGACCAGUGGACUGGACUCUGCAGCUAGCUUUGAGGUUAUGAAUUUUGUGCAGAGUAUUGCGAGGAAGUAUAAGAUUAUCGUCAUCGCCUCCAUCCACCAGCCUUCCACCACCACGUUCGAGCUCUUCGACAAGCUCCUCCUCCUCUCUCGCGGGAAAGUCGCUUACAAUGGCUCUAUUGCCGAUGUCAAGGACUACUUUUCAACCUUAGGCUUCAACAUGCCUCUAUACAUGAACCCCGCCGAAUACAUAAUUCAGCUCGUCAACACCGACUUCUCUAAAGACCAGACCAAAGCCACAUCGCAGCUUUCCACCAUCCAGGACUCAUGGUCGAAAUCCCAAGAUGCAGCCACCAUGGUCCACAGCAUUGAGACCGAAGUCUCUGGCAGCCCCAUUGGUGUAAACUCUGACUUGGGGCACGGCGCCGCGGCAAACCCUUUCCUCGUACCCUUCACCCUGAUCCACCGCUCCUUCAUCAAGAGCUACCGUGACAUCGUCGCCUACGGAAUCCGGAUCGCAAUGUACAUGGGUCUCGCCAUCAUGAUGGGAACCGUCUGGCUCCGCCUCUCAACCGACCAAUCCAAUAUCCAAUCCUUCACCAACGCCAUAUUCUUCGGCGGUGCAUUCAUGUCCUUCAUGGCUGUCGCCUACAUCCCCGCCUUCCUAGAAGACCUCUCGCUCUACCACAAAGAACGGCUGAAUGGCCUCUACGGCCCCACCGCCUUCAUGAUCUCGAACUUCAUUAUCGGCCUCCCCUUCCUCUUCGUCAUCUCCCUCCUCUUCUCCAUCAUCGCAUACUGGCUCGGCAAUUUCCGCCCUAGCGCCGAAGGCUUCUGGGUCUGGGUCAUGUGGCUAUUCCUCGAUCUAAUCGCCGCUGAAUCCCUAGUCGUACUGCUAUCAUCACUCAUACCGAUUUUCGUCGUCGCGCUCGCUGCAACGGCAUUCGCUAACGGGCUCUGGAUGAGCGUGAAUGGAUUCAUGGUGCAACCUGAAACCUUGAAUGUUUUCUGGCGCUAUGUAUUCCACUAUAUCGACUACCAAGCCUAUGUUUUCCGCGGAAUGAUGGUCAAUGAGUUUGGGAAGAGGACGUAUACGUGCGGAAGCGAUUGUCAUUGCAUGUACCCUUCGAAAUUGGAGGCAGAGUGUAAGAUUGAUGGGAAAGCGGUACUGGCGUCGUAUGGAUACGAUACGGGGAAUAUUUCCAAGUAUGUGGGGUAUAUGUUGGUGAUAAUUUUAGGAUAUAGGUUGUUGGGAUGGUUGGUUAUGUAUUUGAGGAAGCAGUAAGAACAAAUGAGCAGAUACGCUUUAAGGAUACCUAGGUUGGGGGUUUCAACUAGAAUAGAUAGAUACUUAAUACUUUUCAAUAUCCUCAUAUACAGUUCAAAGCUUCGAAGCGCGUAUACCAAGCUUCGCUGCUAAGCCCAAAAAUAAU